AUGGACCCUCCCAACAAGCGGCGCCGACUGGCGCCCAAGCUCCCGGAUCCGCCACCCUCCCCGGACAUGGCGAAGGCUGCAAAGGCAACUACACCUGCGAAGGUCGCAGCGCAACCGACAGUUUCCGGCGCCGAGCAGAUCCAAAUGACUUCGAACGAUACCCCGAUAACCGAUGCCCGCGAUGCCGAAACCGGAGCCGACACGCAACGACACGACUUCGAGACAUUCGCGAAACACUUGCAAGAUGCCGCUAUGUAUAUCUAUCGUCAGGGUCAAAAGCUUCCCUACGCCAAAGUCUCCGCGCUUUUGCUAAAGUGGGAAGACGACGUAACGUCGUCGACCGACCUAACUUCGCUGGAGCACGUACUCCGCAACCGUUACAAUUUCAGCGCAGAGCACUGGGGAAUUCCUACUUCUAUCGACCCAGGUGCUAGCCUAAAAUCCCGGAUCGCCAGUUUUUUGGAUCAGGCGAGCGUAGAUCACCUGUUGAUCAUAUAUUACGUCGGCCAUGGCCACAACAGCCUUGACAAUCAGCUGUACUGGUCCUGCAAUGCUCGUGAAGAUUCUCCAAGACUAAAGUGGAACACCAUACGGAGCACAAUCGAGGACUCCCACUCCGAUGUCCUUCUCCUUCUCGACAGUUGUGCGCCAAGACAUAUGCCUGUUUCCGGAAGCAAUGGCGCAAAGCAAGCGAUCGCAGCCUCUACAUACGAUGCCGGCCUGCGAGAGCCCGGAACGCGGACGUUCACAUCCUACCUAGCCGAAUCUUUACAGAAAUUGGGUAACGGGCGACCUUUCAGCGCACAGCACCUGUACGACGACAUUGUCAGUAUCCAACAAAGCUACGACCUUCACUACCCGCCCAGAGUGAAGUACAGCCCGAAUGGCAAGCCGACAACAAUUGUGCCUCAUGCACCGAUAUUCUUCAACCUGACACCUGCUAAAGCCACGAUUGAUUUGGCCCCGAUGCCAAGAGGCCACCAGCUACCUCAAGCACAAAAUGGCGCCAAUGCUACAUCAAAAGCUGCCGGUCAUGAGUCUGCUGAGAGCCGCGAUGCACCAGUCAUCAGCCCUGCUGCUGUUGCCGAUAUGGUCUUUAACGAGCCCCGACUGUUGGUCUGUACCACGUUUGUGGGUGACCCUGGUCCGGAUAUGACUGGCUUUAACCAAUGGUUAGCAAACACACCCUCUUUGGCUUCCAAGGUCGCCGUUGAGGGCAUGUUUCUUGGCCCACCAACAGUCCUGCUCAUCUCCAUCCCACAGUCCUUGUGGACUGUCAUUCAAGACGCCAAGAUAUGCUUUUCCUUGGGUUAUAUCAACUCGCACAACUUGAUCAACCUGUACAACGGCCUGAUGAAAUCCACAACAGUACCACAUUCACACCCUACUGCAUUAGCUAGGGACAUUGAGGAUGGGAGAACGCUUCUUGAGGCCCGUGAAGCGGCUGUCAACACUUCGCCGACCUACCGAAAUGAUUUCCAUACUUACCAGCAGCAGCCAGCAGCCCCGCAGACUCAGCAGCAGCCAGCAGCCCCGCAGACUCAACAGCAGCAAUCUCAGAAAAUGCCAGGUGCCCUGCCGCCACUGCUACAACAACACCACCAACCUCAACACCAACAAUCGCCGUUGAAGUUCCACUCCUCUCCUCAACACCAAUCCACGUUGCCAACUCCGCAGCUCCCACAGCUACCACCUCCAAUAGCACAUCCCCAUCAGCCGUUGCCUUUACCAGUACCUCAGCGUCAAAACUCCCAGGUGCAUGCAACUGCUCAUUUUCACGAACUGGGUCCUGCCAGUCAUUAUGAGGCAAAUGGCUCUAUCCGGCGGGACUCGAUUCCACAGUUGCAAGAGCAUCCUAAUCAGCGGUUCACGCCCCCUGCACACAGUAUUUCACUUCCUCGCAUUGUUUCGCGAGGUGGUAGCCCCACCCUGCCCAAGGACGAAAGAGAAGAUUCCGAGGAAAUGAAGGAGGCUGCAGAGCAACUGAAAGCACUUAGCCAUGUCCGCCCGACGAACGGCAAUACUCCACCUCCGUUUACUGCGAGUGGUCAUCUGUUGAAGAUCGCACAGGACGUCAUAAAGUGCCAGACUGACGACUCCACCUCAGAGGAAACUGAAAUGAAAAACGGAGAAGAGGACACGUCUUCACCACCCAAAAAGGGCAAGCCAAAGAAAGACUAUCGGUUUAAAACUGCCAAGUCACAAGAUGGACAGCUUGUUCGAUCUCGGUCCAAAUCUGAUAUUUCUCAGUCGCUCCCAAGCUUGCAGUCUCAAACCUCAAAACCCGAAGUACAGUGCGACUGGUGCAGCCACGAACCGUUUAAAGACCACUCUUCGUUGAGAAAGCACGUUGCUUCAGCGCACACUAGGCCAUUCCCAUGUGCCUUCUCGUUUGCUGGAUGUACGAGCACGUUUGGAUCCAAAAACGAAUGGAAGCGCCACAUUGCUUCGCAGCAUUUGUGCCUCCAAUACUACCGUUGCUCGGACUGCUCGCAAGGGUCUAUAGAUGGCAAAGGCAACGAAUUUAAUCGGAAGGACCUCUUUACACAACACCUCCGUCGAAUGCACGCGCCGCCCUACAUCCGGAAAGCUAUCCAAAAGAGAGAUGCAAAGGUUGAGACGGAGUGGGAAGAGUACGUCAAAGAUAUGCAGAAGUCCUGCUGUAUCGUUCGGAGACUCCCUCCUCAACGAUCUGCCUGUCCCAGACCGGACUGUAACCGUCUUUUUGAAGGCCGUAGUGCUUGGGAUGAAUGGACUGAACACGUUGGUCGUCAUAUGGAGAAUGGCGAGGGCGAGUUUCUCGGAGUGGAUGAUCUUCUUAUCUCGUGGGCACUGGACGAGGGAAUCAUCUCUCGGACUGAAGACAACACCUAUCGCCUCUGCAACCCCAUGGGUAGUGGGACUGGUGGCGGAAGCAACGGAAACGGUGGAAGCAUGAGCAACAGCAGUGUCAUCAGUAACGCCAAUGCCAAUUCCAACAGCAGCAAUAAUGGAAAUGGUAGCGGAAACAACUGGAGUACAGCCACUACGGUCAACACUGUUGACACCAGCAGCAACGAUACUAUGAGUCGGAAUGGAAAUGUCGACCUUGGCACCAACGACGACAACGCCCUUCCACCAAGUACGAAUGCAGAGGGUGCCAAAGACAACGCCUCUCCUCAAAUAUCAGUCGUAAACCCUGUCACCGACACGAACGGCUUGCCUCCUCAGCGAACCGACAAGCUGACCAUGCCUCCAACGCCACCCCAGCUAACAACCCGGCUCCAACCCGGCUCGGCUGAGAAGUCAGUAAAGGAGACCGAGAAACCAGCAAGGAGUCCAACCAAAAAGGUCGUGUCAACGGCAAAUGAGAAUGAGAGUAGUCCGAAUACUGUCAGUACUGUGGAUAAUGCUGCUAUUGCUGCAGUAGAUACCCUAACUGCUGCUGCUGCUGCUGCCAUUAGCAGCCUUAGCGAAGACAAACAGGUCGGUAACAUUCGCCCACCAAGUGGGGCGGAUUCCGGGGAGAAGCCUGUCGCAGCAUCGAAGAUUGAAGAUCUCUCAGGGCUUCAGUCUAUCACAGUGGCUGCUAUUGCGGCAGCAGCUGCUUUGCAACAGCACGAGAAUGAGGAAAACACAAACGGCGCCAUGGAUGUGGACGGCUAA